GCUUAUGUAUUAUCGACAACACGUCAAGCCGGUCUGGCAGCUCUGCGCAACAAGUUGGAAAAAUAGAAGAAGACAAAUAGAAACAGCGUCCGCAAAUAGUGCGCAAAAUAGUGUUUUUUUUUUGUUAACGUGCAACUCCGACAUUAUUAAACAAGUGUACCACUGAAUGCAAGUGAUAGUGCGAUUGAAAAAACAAUGCUAAACACUUGGCCACGCAACAAAAACAAUUGAGCAAGGCACACACACACACACAUGUGCUGGCACCCACUCGUGUAAGAGGAAAAGAGAAAGGGAGAAUACGCGAGUGUGUGAGUGAGUGAGAGGCAAGAACUGUAACUGUAAUAUAAUUGAUAAAACAAAAAACGUCAGGAGCAGGAAUCCAGUGCGAGCAAGACCCACACACACAGAGAGUGAAAGAGGAAUAGGGAAACAGCGAAAGAGAGCUGAAAAGGAGGAGGAAUUGUUGUUGCUAAAAAUAGCAACAAAUAGACAGGGCAAGAAGAAGAAGACGGCGAAUAUAAAGAAGAAGCAGAAGCGUUGACGCAGGCAAAAGUCGCAGCCUUUUUGGCCACUUGGACUCUCAAUUUGUCCCGUUAGUCAGCUAACGCUCUCUCGCCCAACGACAGCAACAUCGAUAAUAACAUUAAAAACCAAACAAAUAACAAUAAUAACAACAAAAACGACGACGACGGACCAAAACUAUGCUUUUGAAAUUCACAAAAAACGGCGCUGGACCCUCGUCCGUACCGCUACUGCCCCCCAACCCCUCGCCGGGCACCAGUUCACCGUCCAUGCAGGGAACAACAACAUACGCUGCUCGCGGAACAGGCAUGAGGAUGACCAUGUCCACGAAUUCCACAAUGAGUGCGCGAAUACAUCGAAAGGGAUUUCGCAUACCCUCGAAAAGACAGCCGGGUAAGGGACUGCCCGGCAAGCUGCACACCAUCACCAGGGCGGGUCCUGGAAAGAUUGUACCUGGGAAACGAAUACCACAGCGACCCCAUCCCCCGCCCUGUGACAACUCCAAUGACAGCGGUCUGGGCUUUGAUCAGCACACGGAACUGAGAUCCUCAGCGGGAGCUGGGGGCGUGGCCGACCCGGGGGCGAAUGGUGGUAACUCAAGUCAAAGGACCAAUUUGCUGGUCAAUAGUGCUUUAACCAAUACAGUGGCUGCUGCAGCGGCCGCAGCAGCUGCUGCAGUGGCUAGCAAUACGUUGCAGCAACAUCAGCAACACCACCAGCAGCAGCAGCAGCAACAACAGCAGCAGCAGCAGCAACAACAGCAACAGCAGCAACAACAACAGCAGCAACAUUCACCGCAGCAGCAUUUAAUACGAGCGAUACCUGUAUCAAGAUCGCGGCACGCCAAGAAAAUGAUGGGACACUAUCUGGAGGAUCUGGAUCUGAUAUCGGCGUCAUCCUCAGAGGAUUCGGCCAACUCGACGCCGCCCGUCUUGGACGAGGAUACUGGCUUUGUGAACGAUAACAGUUCGAUGACAGCCGGUGGGAAUAGCAACUCGGAUCCAUUUGGUGGCGUCUUUCAGGCAACCGAAGCAGCUGUGGCAGCAGCAGUAAAUGCCUUUACCCUGCAACAGCAACAGCAGCAGCAACAGUUUCAGUACAAUGGAUUGUUGUUGCAACAACAACAGCAGCAGCAGCAGCAGCAGCACCAACAACAGCAGCAGCAACAUGCCUCUACUCACCAGCAGCAGCAGCAACAACAGCAUCAUCAUCACCAUCACCACCAUCAUCAUCAUCGCCAUGGCAAGCAUAUCAAACGCAAGAAGCUGGAGUGCAACCAAGUGGAACUGGACAACGAUGAUGCCUGCAGCGAGGAUGAGUUCAUUCGCAAGAUUGCCAGUUCGGUAACUGUGGCGCCUGCUGUGGAUGCAACGCCCACGCCUGUUGCCGCAUCACCACCUGCCACGCCCACUGUUAGCCUCCUGCCGCGAAUCACCACCAUCAGCAACAGCAACAACAACAACAACAACAAUGAGACAAAAUUCAUCUCGACCAGAACUGUCACCCGAGUGGCCAAUAAAAGGCAACCCACCACCCCCCUGAACAGCGUAGCCACCUCGAAUGAUGGUCAAGUGCAGUUGGAAAUCAUCUCACAGCCGGAACAACAGCAUCGGGCUCGCUAUCAAACGGAGGGCAGUCGCGGUGCCGUCAAGGAUCGCAGUGGCAAUGGUUUCCCCAUCGUUCGUUUGGCUGGUUAUGAUAAGGGUGCCGUCCUUCAGGUCUUCAUUGGCACGGACAUUGGUCGCGUGGCGCCACAUAUGUUCUAUCAGGCCUGCAAAGUUGCUGGCAAGAAUUCGACGCAGUGCAAUGAGAAGAAGGUCGACGGUACCAUGGUCAUCGAGAUCGAUUUCAAGCCAGAAACGGACAUGACCAUCACCUGCGAUUGCGUUGGCAUCUUGAAGGAACGCAAUGUGGAUGUGGAGCACCGCUUUCCGGAGCAUCUGGCCCAGAAGAACAAGAAGAAGUCCACCCGCUGCCGAAUGGUGUUCCGCACCCAGUUGACCCGUGACGAUGGCACCACCGAGACCCUCCAGGUCUGCUCGAAUCCCAUCAUCUGCACUCAACCACCUGGCGUGCCGGAGAUCUGCAAGAAAUCGUUGAACUCAUGUCCUGUUGAUGGCGGCCUAGAGCUGUUCAUCAUUGGCAAGAAUUUCCUGAAGGACACGCAUGUGGUGUUCCAAGAGACUUACGACAGUGUCAAUGGCGAUGAUCCGGCCACCGAGAUAGCAGUACGUCAGCAUCUUAUCGGCGGAACAGCCGCCCUUUGGGAGCAGAGUGUUCUGCCGGACAAGGAGUAUCUUCAUCAGACCCAUUUGAUUUGCACUGUGCCGCCAUAUCUACACCAGAACCUACUGAAGCCCGUCCAGGUCCAGGUGUCCAUCGUCUCGAGCGGCAAGAAGAGCGAACCGCAUACGUUCACCUACACGCCCAAGGGACAGUACACGACGCUGGCGGCGGCCAGUACGUUAAGUAACACAAUCCACGCCCAAGAUGUGAGCGGUUUCAUGGACACCACAUCAGCGUCCAGUGCGAGUGGCUCCAGUGGUUGGAGUAGUGCCAGCGGUUCGGUGAAUCCCUCAGCUGCGGGCGAUAAUGUGGAGGCCAAGCAUGAGAUCGAUUCGGGCAUGAUGCCACCCCCGAUUACCACCCAAAUACCGAUGGGCGUUCGUCGUUCGUCGCUGCCAAGUGUCACACCAAUGAUCACGGACCAGCAGCUGGUCCAUCUCAAUGCGGUGGCGGCCAGUGCAGAGGCCCUGAAGACGGAACUCGAUGAUAGCAACUCGCACAGUCCCCUGACCGGUGAAUCCACACCGGAUAGCCCGAAUGCAGCCAUGCAGUAUCAUCGCUUUGCGCGGAAACCCAGUCUGGACACCAUUAUGUACGAUCAGUCUAACAGUCUGCCGGGUUUCCCAGCUGUUGUGGCACCGGCAACAGCUGCUGCUGUGGCUGCUGCAGUUGAUAUUGAUCCCGCUGCAGUGGCUGUGGCAGUGGAAUUGGCUGUCAAGAAUGAGAUUGUUAAGCAUGUGGUUCAGCAGCAUCAGCAGAUGCAGGAGCAAAUGCAGGAGCAGCAGCAGCAGCAACAGCAGCAACAACCCCAACAGCAGCAGCAGCAACAGCAGCAGGUCCACAAAUUCAUAGAUGAGCUGACCAAGUCCACAUCGGUGGUAACCAGCAAUGGGACCAGUGAACCGGCUCUGUUUACUACAUCGGCGGUGAUUGAUCAUGCUUUGACCGAUAUUCUCCAGGCCAAGGUGGGCAUUGCCCCGCCCAAUGUUGUGCUGGAGAGGAGUUUGUCGUUGAGUUCUACGAAUUCCAGCAGUUCCCUAAGCGGCAGCGAGAGCUCACCGAAUAGUUCACCCUUAACCCAGGAUAUUAUCCUCAAUUCGGAGCCAGCGGCCGCUUUGGCCGGAGCAGCUGCCAUGGGAGGUCCAACACCUGUCGAUGUCACCGGUGGCUUGUCCACCGAUAUCAUCAUGAAUCCCGCCGUUUCACCUUCGACGAUUUUGUGCUCCGCCAAUGGAGCGGCCACGGCGGUUGUGCCCAAUAUCCUAGCACCCCAUCAGGUGACCAUGGCGAACUCCAUACUAAAUGAUAUAGCCAUGCAGCCGGAACCCACCCAGCAGGAUGCAGCGGUGGCAGCUUUGGCUUUGAGUAACAUCAUGAUGAGCCCACCGACAGCGGCAUCGGGUGUGGGAGUGGUCGACACAUUGCCACCAACGCCAGUGGCUAUGCAGCCAGAGGUUGCGGCCACAGCCACGUCCACAGCGGUGAGCAACAUGAUUAUCAAAGCGGCCGCGGACUUCAUAACCACUCAGGAGCAGGAGCAGCACCACUAUCAUCAUCAUGGACGCGUCCACUCCCAUUCGCCACAGGCAGCCGUCGGUGUAAGCGGUAAUCCCGCCGAGACGGCGUCUGAUCCUUUGGUCAAUCUACUGCUUAACCACUCCGCGACACCAGAAACCGCAGCUGCUGCCGCCGCUGCUGUGGCUGUGGAAGCUGCCAACUUCCAAUCGAUGAAUCACAGCCAUCAUUCUCACCAUGGUCAUCAUGGCCAUAGUCAUAGCCAUGGACGAGUUUCGGGACACGUUACUGGUCAUGUGACUAGUCAUCAUCAUGGCCAUCACUUGCCGGUGGUGCCGCCGACACCACAAGAAUCUCUGAUCGUCGCGCUGGCCAGCGAGAAUGCGCUGCAAAAGUCGGUGGCCACAGCCGCUGUUACCACCAAUGGUGCAGUGAUGACGCAACAGGCAUCAGCUCCGAAUACCGCUGGCAGCAUUCUACCGGCAGCAGUUGGUGCUGUGGCUGCGGCGGCAGCUGUGGCGGUACAGCCGCCAAUUCCCCAAGAGCUGACCUCGAUGUCGGAUCAGGAUCUGAUCAGCUACAUCAACCCGAGCACCUUCGAUCAGCUUUAAACGGCUUCAGAUCAACAAAUUAAACUACGUGGACUUGCUUUUUUUUAAUUAAAAAUAAAUGUCACUCCUAAACACAGGCUUAGUCUUAAGACAUAUGUAGUAUGUAGAUACACACACACACACAAACACAAACACACAAGAUUAGACGGAUUAAAGGUUUCAUGUGGACCAAACUUUUUGACCAAGCAGAUGGAUUUAAAUCAGGAUAAGAGAGUAAAACCCACAAAAACACACACAAACACAAACAUUAGUAGCUGUAGUUUUGUUUAGGAAUAAAUCUUACUUUAUGUGAAUACACCUAAAUUAAUAUAUAUAUAUUUUUUUUUUUGUUUUUUUGCUAUUUUAAUAUUGAUUUAAACAGAAAUAUCAACUUAUCUCAAAAGGUUAAAUUAAAACAAUGAUAACGACUGCCAUAUACCUACGAAAUAUAAAACGAACUCUCCCGAAAGUGAAGAAUGAGAAAAGCGAAUGAAGAAUUCAAAAAUAUCAACCAAGAAAACUAACAAAAAACUAAAGAAAGAACAAACUUUAAAAAAGAAAAAACGUUGAUUACAUACACACUUUUUGAGCUGGAAAACCUAAUUUCUGAUAAUGAAGUCUGAUUUGAAAAACUUCCUUUUUAUUUGUUUGAGAAUUUAAGAUAUAUAUUUUAUAAUUUAAGCCUAACUAUAAAUGUUUUGGCAAUAUGAAAACAAAAACCUAAGCUUAAUUUUUUGGGAAAACAAAAAGAAAACCACAAAAAGAAAUUAUUAUUAUAAAGUUAAUAUUUUAUACAAAACAAAACAAACAAAAAAAGAAGAAACGAAAAGAAAGUACAUAUGUGUAGCUACGAAUGCAAUGAAUAUGCGAGAAAUUCCAAAAGACUUUUUUGAUUUAAAGAGAAUGCAAUUAUUAUUUUGUUUACGGUUUAAUAAUCUUUAUUUUAAAUUAUAUUUCAAGGAACACACACACACACACAACCACACAAAUAAAGAUGUAACUAAUGUUAUUACUAUUUUUAUUAUUAAAACGCUAUUAUUAUGCAUACCCCUUAAUGUUGAUAGUUGUUAUGUGUAGCAUUGUAAGCCAUAUAUCGGAGUUAACCUAGCCCAUUUACCUUACCAUUUAUCAUACACAAAUAAGAACUAAUAAGAACCAACAAAACUGAAAGAAAGAUAUAAGAAAGAACAAACCCAAAACAAUAUAAUGAGAAAAUAACGACUUAGAAAUAUUAUACCGAUUGAAUGACCUUCAACACUUGUUACGACCCCAAUUCAAAGAUCAAGAUCGAUAGAGAACUCUGCAUUUGUAUGCCCCAUGCCCAAUGCCCAAUGCCCAAAUAUUUAUGAACAUAUUUACAAAUAUUCCAACCACGAAUUUCGCCCACUCCCAAGAAUCCAACUAACUGAGAACCUAUUAUAGUAACUAUAAAUGUUUUUUUUUUUUUUUUUUUUUUUUUGUUUAUUUUUGAUAUUAGCUUGAUAAAUUUUUAAAAAACAAUUUGAUUGACAUACGUAAUCUAGAUGUUCAUGGAGUCGAUAAAUGUGUUAAACAAUCUCAGAGAUUGCAUAUUCCUCAUUAAAUUAAAUGUUACAGUCAAGUCAAUGAACGACAGAGAUAGCGUUACUAAGUGAAAGUGAGAUGGAGAGAGCGAUUCAGAAAGAAAGAGAGAGGAUGUGAAGAGCCGCGCUUAAGAAUUGUUAGUGUUAAAUGUUAUACACCUAUAUAUACAUUAUUUAUGUUAUAUAUACACAAAUAUAUAUAUAUAUAUAUAUAUCUAACUUUACAAUGAAUAAAAUAAAUGUAUUUUUGAUGUUCUUAUUGCCCAAAGUGCAGAACCGAGAAAAAAAACCACUGAAAAACCCCGAAGAGAGCUCCCUGAACUUUGUACCCUUUGACUUUUUAAAUUGACGAAAUCAUAAAACUAAGAACCACACCACUCCCAACUUGUCUACAAACAAAUCAACCCAAGAGAAAAUAAAAACAAUAUUAAUCUGCUCGUUAUCUCUUUUUAUGUGAAUAAAAUAUGAAAUCUUUCAAAAAGAACCAAACGCAUUGCGUUACUUAAUCAAUGGAUAUGGUUAAUCUGAUUAUAUUUUUUCCAGAAAUAAUUCAAAUAAAAACAGCUCCCUGAACUUUGUACCCUUUGACUUUUUAAAUUGACGAAAUCAUAAAACUAAAAACCACACCACUCCCAACUUGUCUACAAACAAAUCAACCCAAGAGAAAAUAAAAACAAUAUUAAUCUGCUCGUUAUCUCUUUUUAUGUGAAUAAAAUAUGAAAUCUUUCAAAAAGAA